AUGAAAGCCUAUCAAUGGGACGGUCCGGGGUCAGGGCUCGUCCUGAGAGACCUCCCAAUCCCACAACCAGGCGCGGAUGAGGUCCAGAUCCAAAUCAAAGCCUGCGGACUCUGCCAUUCUGACUGUCAUAUUCUUGACGGCACAGGGUCGCAGUGGGUUAAGAAUCGACCCAUUACUCUGGGCCACGAGAUCUCCGCCCAAAUCACGGCGCUGGGAGAGGGCGUGACCGAAUUCCACGUUGGUCAGAGGGUUGGUGUGGCGUUGAUCGCACCUGCAACCGCCAUCGGCCUGGAUUUCAACGGUGGUUACGCCGAAUACGCUGUUACGCCUAAACACACCAUCGUACCUCUUCCAGACAGCCUGAGCUACGAAAAGGCUUGUAUUGCAGUUGAUGCCAUGGCAUCGGCUUACCAUGCGGUCGUGGGUACAGGCGAAGUGACUUCAUCCAUGACCGUGGGAGUCCUGGGACUCGGCGGCCUUGGGUCGACGGGACUGCGGGUGGCGUGUCUUCAGGGGGCAACCGUUUACGGCUUCGACAUUAAUCAAGAAAAGUUCGCAGCAGCGCACGAAGCCGGUGCCAAGGCCUGUUAUAAGAGCAUUGACGAGGUCAAGGAUGUCACUUUUGACAUUGUCUUUGACUUUGUUGGCCUCAACGCUACCAUGCUUGCCGCCAUCAAUGCUGUGAAGAGGGAGGGACGCAUUGUGCUAGUAGGUAUGGGCGAGUCCGAUAUGAAGCUACCCGCAGGCCUGAUCGUGAUGAAGAAUAUUGAGAUCCGGGGAUCUCUUGGUGGGCGUAAAGAAGAACUGUCGACCAUCUUCGAGCUCAUUGCGCAGGGCAAGUUGACUCCUCAAGUGGAAGAGGUGCCCUUUGGCAGCUUGGUGGAGUCAUUGCAUCGACUCGAGCAGGGGAAAGCAAAUGCGAGACUAUUUGUGCGGCCGAAUGCAUAA